AUGGUUAAAUUAGGUAUAUUUUAAUUGAAUCUUUGAGCACCAAUAUUCUAUGGAAUUAUGCAAAUCUAUUUGCUAAGCAUUUUUAGCAUUGUAGAUGAUAGUUUAUUUGAAAGUUCAAAAUUGGGUACUUAUUAUUUCUAUUUGAUGAUAAUGUUUACUUUAAUUUUCUAUGGUUUUACUGCAUACAAGGAUGUAAAUAAUAAUGAUAUGAUAAGCCAGGAUUUGUUACCAUAAGUGAUUAUUAAUACACAGAUAGUUCGAAUCCAUAUUAAAAAAAGCGAUAAUAAUUUCAUCAAUUCCCAGGAAAUUCUCAAUAGAGAACAAAAGAGCAAAUACAAGAGGAACAAAUCGAUUUAAAAGUUGUAGAAUAAGCUAAAGUGAAGCCAAAGUAUAAUAAAUCAAUUUAUUAUAGGAAUAAAGAUGAAUUUGAAAUGGAAUGUGAAGCUUCAGUUGAUGAAUAAAAUUUCCCUGAUAAUGAAAUUCAAAAUAUAGAUAAUAAUGCUAAAUCCUAUGAAAAAACUCCAGAGAAAUCUAAGACUCCUUCUAAGAUGGUUUCAUAAAUGUAAAGUCCACAUUAAAAUAAUGCCAGAACUUCUUAAGUACUAUCUUAAGGAAGUACUAAGCCUGAUAUAAAUAAUAAUAAUAAUCCUAAUACACAAACAGAACCUCCAUUUAAUUAUCAAUAAGAAAUCAAUGUUGAAUAAGUUGAACAUCAAUAAUCACCUAAAUCUGCAAAUAAUGAUAAAAACAUUGAUUAAAGUGUACAUCAUGGAAAUAGUAUGUUUAUUGAAAAGAGAUAUUGUCCAAUAUGUAAUCAAGAUUAAAUUAUUCGUUCUAAACAUUGUAGAUAAUGUAAUAGAUGUAUAGCAUUAUAUGAUCAUCAUUGUCCAUGGGUAUUAAUAUAAAUAUUUAUUUAAUAGACAAGUAAUUGUAUUGGAGAAAGAAAUAGAUGUGUAUUUUAUUGGUUUCUAUUUUUCUAAAUCUAAGAAAUACUAUAUGUAAUGAGAGAAGUAAGUUUUAAUUAUCAUUAAUAGGCUUUUCCACACCUUGACUUCUCUUAAUACAAAGGAUUAUUUUUAGCUUAGGUUAUAAUAAGUCUAAUUAUAUCAAUAUCUAUGGCAUUAAUGGUUCUCAGUUUAUUUUUAUUCCAUUCUUUAUUAACUUGUAAGAAUAUGACUACUUGGGAAUAUAAGAGUUGGAAGAGGAUUUCAUAUCUUAAAGAUUUUCCAUAAUAAUUAGGAUCACCAUUUAGCAGUGGAUGGAAAUAAAAUCUUCGAUAGUAUUGUCGUUUUUCUGUGCCUAAAUUAACAAAUUGGGAAUAUGGUACAUAAAAUUUGAAUUUUAUAAAAUGA